AUGCGACUGGCCAGCCUGCCAGCAGCGUUUUCCUCUCAUUAUACAGCCAGGUCUGAUCGCAUUCUUACAAUUUAUAGCUCCUUCCUUCACCCACAUCAUACCCACAUUCUUCCUUCUUUGUUGAGGCGGGUGGGCUCUUGGACGAGAAGGCGGUAAUAAAUCUAUGUCAAUCUUAUAAUGUUCAACAAAGGAGACUUUUGUCUGAUUGGCUGUUUGAUUUUGUAGUGUUCAGUCUCCUCACCGUGCGUUAGUGAGUAAACAAAGAUGGCUGCCAAAGCCAAAGUCCUCCUUCGAUCGUUCGUUCAAGAUGGCAUGGAAAGGUUUACAUAGUGUGAUGUCUGUCUCUUAGCCUAUAGUACUUAUAGGGGGCCUUGACAAGAUUUUUUUAUAUGCGUAUAUUGCUGAGUGCAUUGCAAAAAGAACUCAUCUAAAGCAAAGUACAUCGGCUGGGAUGGGAAAUUUUUAAUUUACAAAAUGCUACAAUAGAGUCUUUUUUGGAGGAGGAAACGUAUUUUCAACUUCACUGAAACGUCCUGCCGACCCGGGGAAAACGGAGAAAGGUAAGCUUACUGUUUAAUUGGUAUGUUUUAUCACUCAAACUGUGUCAGACAACGUCUUGAUCUUCAAUUAUUUAGAUGUUGUUGUGUUUUAUAUAAGCUUAGGCUUAGUUUCUCUGUUUCUUGCCAGGUUGUGAAUUUCUGACUCUACUGCCUCUUAAUGACGGAGUGAUGCAUGUAGCGACUCAGAGACCUCCUUAUUUUUUUAAUUUUUUUUUUCAAAACAUUCCUCAUCACGGCACCUUCUAUUAAAAUAAGUCACCUGUUUACUACAAAACUAGGGAAGAAUUGGAGUCGGUAAACGUCUGGGUACUUUCCUAACGGAUGCGGUUCACUGUAAUAAAUUUAUAAUAAAUGCUCAAGGGGGGACCCACCAUAUCCAUGUACUUGACUUAAUCACUUUUUUGUUGGUUAUUUAAUACAUGUAAAUGUACAGUGGCCCAGAAGGGUUACACAUGCAAAUUAAAAAUGUUGCUGCAAAUUAAAAAUAGUGCAUGCAAAUUAAAAAUUGUACAUGCAAACUAAAAAUAUUACCUGCAAAUUAAAUAUAGUACAUGCAAACUAAAAAUAUUACCUGCAAAUUGAAAAAAGAAAACAUAUCGAUGCAAAUUAAAAAUGAAAAGUCCUGCGCGCAGUACGAGUGAUAAGGACCUGGUCUGAGCCGUGCGACUUGGCCUUUCGGCUGUCGGCCCAUUCAUGUUUCAUGUUUGUAAUAUUUUUAGUUUGCAUGUACAAUUUUUAAUUUGCAGGUAAAAUUUUUAGUUUGCAGCAACAUUUUUAAUUUGCAUGUGUGACCCUUCUGGGCCACCGUAUAAAUGUAGUCCAUAGUAUGAGCAAACACUACAUCUGCAUCUACAACUAAAGGGAAAGCAAUAAUAGCCUAUUUCACAGUUACAGUCGAGGCUGGAGUUGACCUUGUUUUGAUACAACCCAUCCUUCUUUAUUAUGUAGAUCCUGUUGUUCUUAUGCAAAUAGUUUUUUUUUCCAACAAAAUUUACAUCUACAAGAAAAGGAAGGAAGUUUAAUCACAUCAACCUCAACCUCAAAUUCGCUCAAAGGCUAUGACACAGCAUGCGAAGAAAGUCGUGUCCGAUAGCCCAGUGCUCGUGGAUUUUGCUAUCAGGCUAGUGAUUUUUUUUUGUAACUUGCCCCACGGGCAAGUGCUUUUUUUGGGGGAAAUUCAAAUUACAGAAGGAUUGUAAUCAAUCCUGCUAAUCAAAAAGGGUUUUGGGCUAGUUGAAAAGACUUGUGGUCUAGUACAUGCUAGCUACAGCUUGCCCGAAUGGCAGGCUGUAAAACUGACUUUCUUUGCACCCUGAUGACACCAAGCCCACAACUGUAAAAUGGCCUAUUGGUCUUGAAUGUACAUACUGUAAGUCAGUCUGGAUGUCAUUCUUUCAGCAAUGUAAUCAUUGUGUUUUCCCUUCAGUGUUCUACCAUCUGUGUAUUGCCAUUAAUAAUAUUAUUAUUUCGUUUUACCUUCCCUUUCAACAAUAAUAUUAAUGUGCACCAGUCAUCACGAUAUACCUGUUUAAUAACUUGUGUUACUUGAUACAGAUUUAGUAACAUCAAGAUCUACAUUGCUCAGGGUAGUGGGUUUUUAAGACUGGUAAAUCAGAUAAUGAUACAGAAAAAAACUUAUAAUGGCUGAAGAAAGAGAGAGUUUCUGUAUGAAUUUUUUAUGAAUGGUUACAUUGUAGGAACAUUAUUCUAAGGAGAUGCAACAGUUGUACAAAAAUUUUGUUCUUCCUAUUUUUUAUCAGAUGUUUACCAGACCCAAAGUUUUAGUUUGUAUAAUAAGACAAUUUGUGAAUUACGCUCUGAAAAAUUUUUGCAUAGUAUGAAUUAAUGUGCUUAGUCACACUAUCAAAAAGGACAUGUGACAAAUAAGCAGCUGAACAUCAUGCAUUUUUGCUGAAGAAGCCUUGAUGAUAAGAGUCUCA